UAUGGGAUCAAGUUGUUGUUAAGCCUAAAGUGAUGAAAAAGUCGAGCUUAUGUUGUAAUAAAAGAUUAAAUAAAAGAAAGUGUUUUAAACAUUAAAUAACAACCCCUGUAUAAGGAGUAAUGAUUCGAAUAAGGAAAAUAAGAGAAUAUUAUCUUAUUAAAAUUACUAAUCAUAUAUAAUCGACGAUACUGGAAAAGACUAUAAUAAAAUAGCUGCAAGUAGUUUAGAAAUUUAGGAACUGACAGGAGAUUUGGAAAGAGUAAAUUCCAUUCAAUUAACCGAAAAUGCUAAUAAAGACAAGCCAUUAAAGAGUGAUUCUUAUGAAAUAAUAUCACUUGGAUCUAAAAAGACUAUCUUGAAGAAAGAGACAAAAUAUAGUUUAUUUCAUAAUCAGGCUAAUUACAAUUAGAAUUAAAAGAAGGUUAGAUUUGAUGAUUUUUGAU